AUGCUAGGUUUUGGCGUCUCAUUGCUGUUAUGGCUGUGCCAAACAGUGUCGGCGCAAUAUACUAGCGAUGACCUGAUGUCAUUCGUUACACUGCCCAAUAUCCGCGCAGCGAAAUUCGACGUCCAAUACCAUAAUCGCGAGCGCGUAAGCCCCGGUUACUGGUUCGUCUCUCCCUACCUCCACAUCGGCCCCGAUAAGCCCAGUAGCCUGUACGAGCCAUACCAGAUCGGCCCGCAUAUCUAUGAUGGCGAAGGACGUCUCAUUUGGACCGGUUCGCAGCUGUUCGAUAACCGGAACGUUUUUGAUUUCAAGGCCGUUGACAGUCUAGGCCCGGAGCCACGUCUCUCGAUGGUCUUGCAAUACUCGUGGGAUUCGAAAGAAGAUACCGGGUAUGGGGUGGUCUUGACAAAUGAUUAUAAGGUCGAACGAAAGCUUCCGCUCCGGAGAGACCUUGGUCUUUUCGAUAUUCACGAAUUCAAGAUUCGGGAAGAUGGAAAGACAGCGCUGGUCACUAUCUACCUUUCGCACGAGAUUACCUUGGCGGAAUUUGGACGUCCGGAGGAGACUACUUGGUUGGAGACCGGUGGAUUUGCUGAAAUUGAUAUCAACACGGCCGAGGUCAUUCAAUGGUGGGACUCUUACAAUCACAUUACUUUGUCUGAGGGUGUUCAUUACCACCCGAAUACUCCGCCAGAGGGACAUCCCGGCUGGGAUUAUGUGCAUGUCAACUCCGUUGACAAAAACGACGCUGGGGACUACUUGCUCUCCGCCCGGUUCACGAAUACCAUUUACCUGAUCUCCGGCAUAAAUGGAGACAUCAUGUGGCGAUUGGGUGGAAAAUAUACCGAUUUCGAGCAAGACUUUAUGUUUUCAAAGCAACACGACGCGAAAUUCAUCGAAUCAAACGGAACGCACCACAUCAUAUCAUUCUUGAACAAUGCAUCGGACGAGGAAUUCAACGAGGAAAACAUCUCAGCUUCACUAUUUGUCGAAUUAGACACAAGUGUGACCCCCAAGACUGCCAGAGUCCUUCAUCGCUACAACCGUCCCGAUCAACAACUCUCGCGACUCCGCGGCAAUACCCAGCUUCUGCCAAACGGCAACGUAUUCACCUGCUGGAGCAAGGAGGGCUAUAUUUCCGAACACGCCGCCGACGGAGAAAUCCUGUACACUGCCAACUUCACCUCCCCACGCUAUUCAUCCUAUCGUGGCUACAAAUUUGAAUUUACCGGAAGGCCCUCCGCCCCACCCGACCUCGUAGCAUCCGUCCUCGGCACCGACGAAACCAACAUGGUCACCACGUUCUGGGUCAGCUGGAACGGUGCGACGGAUGUUGCAUGGUGGCAUUUCUACGCGCAGGCCUCGGAAUUCACCACCCCCGUUCUGAUCGGCAAGACCGCGCGCGAUGAUUUCGAAACCACCUACACCGGCCACGGAUAUCUGGACUGGGUAUCUGCGGAAGCAGUCGACGCCAAUGGCACCGUCCUGGGCAGGUCUGAGGUGUAUCGCAGCAAUCAUCCCGACUGGGCAGCUGUCGGAUACAAGGGGAAGUCGAACCCGCCUGCGCCUAUCGACCCGUCGAUUGUCUAUGGCGUGGGAGAUCACAAGGUCGACGACGCUGGCCACACGUCUUCAGAUGCCAUCGACACCCAGACUCAGAAGACGAUUCAGAUCCUUGGCCAUGCCUACGACGCGAUUCACAAUAUUAGUGGCUUCUUCUCGUUCCUCUUGUUGCUCGGUUUCUUCGCCGCUGUCGUUGCCGGAUAUUUGGUUCUCCGUGGCUGGCGGCUACGAGUUUACCAGCGUCUUCCUAGGGAAGAUGCGUUUCUGAGUGAGCGGGCGCGUCUGGCAUCGCCGCAUCAGGAUUGA